CUGACGGUUACCUUCGAGCUCAUUUGUGGCCUUCGCCCUGCACAGCUGCUGCUUUAGAGAGAUUUCAUAUGUGCAGUUUGUAAAAUACAGCCGCAGGACACGAACAGCUGCAGACAGAGCUGUGUGUGUGCAGAGAACAGCAGGUGUGUGAGAGUCUGCAGCUGCACUGGCAGAGCGAGAGCUGUGACUAAAACAGAGAGAGCACUGAAACUGACCUCAAGACUGACCAUCUGUGGGUGGGUCCUUCAUCGUCAGUGCACUAUGGGUGAAUUUUGGCCGUGACAUCGAUAUCAUGCCCACUGGACCUAGCCUGUCCCAGGGCAUUGUGGGUACACUGUAGCUGCUGCCCCGGCUGUGCCAGUAUGGAUUCACCAGAAUUCGCAGCGCUCGAGUCGGAAAUCUACCGAAGCCUGCAGGCCAUUUUGAGGGAGCUGGAUUCUCUACACCCUGUGAUCAACAAAGGAAUGCUGAGAUGGACCUUACAUAAGAAGGUGCAGUCUGAUCCUGUGAAGAAUCUGGCCUUGGUCAGAGUGGCUGUGAAGGAGCUGGAGAGAGCUGAGAGAGUCGACCUGAAGACCCACAUCAUCCCGCUAUUACACACCCUCAUCUACGCCGUCAUACAGGCUGCAUAUAUUCCUGAUGAUCUGUAUAAGCGUAUUUAUAAUGCAUGUAAGAGGCUUCUGACUCUGCCUCAGCCAUUCUGCUCUGUGGGGCUGAGCUACACGCGACUGCUGAAGACGGAGCGGACUACGCCAGGGCUGCUGUAUCAGAGGAUGCUGGUGUCUGAGCACAGCCUGAGGAAUGAACACUAUCCUCUACAAGAGUGGGUGUUUGUGUUUGCGGACCCGGUCGUGUUCUCCGAGUCUCUGAGUUUGGUUCUGAGGGCUGAUAUUGAAGCUGCAGGGCAGACGGAGACUCAUCUGAGUCUGAUGCAGAAGGUGGUACAGCGCUCCCUACAGGCCGCUCUGGGAGAGGAACACUGCCAUGGCCCCACGCUCGCUCAGGCCCUGCAGGAGCUGGAGGAUGUGGAGUGUUAUUUCGGGGAGGUGUUGGCAGCCGUAGAACAGAGCGCUGCAGACUGCAAGAAUGAAGACAGUCAGAAUCACCUGAUCCAGAAACUACAACAGCUCUACACUCAGGUGCUGCUCAGCACUGGGAAAGAUCCAUUGUCCCGCGGCUCGCUGGCCGACGUUCCGCUUCCCAGUCCGGACAUGAGCUUCCACAUGUGGUGGGAGGAGGAAGAGCUCUGGAGAGAGCUCACCAAGUUCAUCCGCUCCAGUUCCAUCUCAGACAGUUUCUCUCUCUCCCCGGACGAUUUCGACCUCCCCGACCUGGCGACGGAUCUGGACUCGGAGAUGCCACGUCACUCCAUCAUGUCCACGGACAGCGGGAUUGAGCGGGACAUGCAGCCGGCUGAGAGCUCGGACACAGAGUGGGGGGGAGGGAGAAGCAUGAGGGCAGACACAGGGCAAGGUCGGCUGUCCCGGCGCGGAGGGAUGAAGAUGAAGCCCUCGGUGACGGACAGCAUGGCUCUGAUGCAGGAUGCUCUGGAGGACACGGCGGGCAGCAGGAGGACGCUGCAGAGGAAAGCUGGUCAGAGUAACAUGCUCCUCCAACAGCAGCGCCACUUCACGGCCAACAUCGUGGUGAUGGGGGACGACCGCGUCCUAGGACGACUUGCUAGGGCCUACUACUGGCUGAGAAAAAGAGAAGCGCGGAGGCUAUUUCUAACCAAGAAGGUUAACAUCAAGAUGUUCUACAUCCCUGUAACCACGCAGCCCUCCAACCCAGCCACGGAGAACAUGCUGGACUCUAACCCGUGUGUGCUGGGGUCAUAUCUGGGAAUGGUGGAUCCGUGGUACGAGUGUAACAUCAGCAGCCUGGGCCUCAUGAUCCCAAAAUUUGUCGCAACGUGUGACCUAAGCAGGCCGCAUGAGCCCAACCCUUUUCUAGCUGAUGUAAUUUCCUACUACGUGCGGAUGGGGCAGCAGCCAGUCUACUUCACCAUCUACUAUGUAAAAAUCGUGUUUUCCAACCUGACCAAAGAGCCGGUGGAAGAAGUCUUCCUUUCUCGCCUCAAUAUCGAUUUCCCCGAGUUUAAAAUGCGUCACGGAACGGUUAAAGAAAUGUCCAUGAGACAGAAGAAGGCUCCAGUGGAGCUGUGUGGCGCUCUCAUCUCCCUCAGCUACACGAAGGUGUCGCUAAGCAACAGAGAAACAGAAAAGGGUCUUUCUCUGCGGACCACCGGAGUUCAGAUUUCAGCGAUACCCACCAACAGAACAGAAGAUCUGAACUGUCUGACAGUGGAUAUGAGUGACACAAAGACCAAGUGCAACUCGGGUUCUAAGAUCAGAACAUGCAGCCUGAAGUUAAAAACUCCAGAGAGGACAGGCUUCAGCGUGUGCCUGGACAAAGACCUGCGCAGAACCUUCCGGGACGUUCAGAGUAUUGAGAUCGAGCCAUGUAAAGAUCCUGGAUACUACAUUCAGAAGUCAGUGAUGUCCAAGUUCACGUCAGAGGAGGAGGUGGACGCAGGACUGAGCAAGCUCAUGAACCGAGGGCUCCCUCUACCCAUCAACACCUUCGCAGGCAUCAUCCCCUGACCGAAGUGACUGGACUUUGAUGGACCUUUAGCUGACCGGUGCCAUGGCUGCUAACAAUUCACGCUGCAUUAGUUACCUGACUUAAAGGGAGCUCAGACACUGCAGUGUGUUCGGUGUACUCUACCUAUCACACGGCUGGUGUGCGGAUUAUUCGCAACCCGCACAUACACUCAUCCCUUUGCCUCUCGAGGAAGAUGUUUAAGUUAGAGUUCUAACACUAAAACAGUUAUGCUGAGUCUCAGAUGGGAUUAAAACUCAAUCUGUGUCGUCUUUCUUACAGAUUACUGACGUUAUACAGUCCGACUCCGCUUUAUGACAAGCCAUUCAAUACUGCAAUUCUCUUUCCACUCACUGGCCACUUUAUUAGAAACACCUGCCUUGCGCAUCUACUCACUGGCCACUUUAUCAGAAACACCCACCUUGAUCUUCUAUAAACUGGCCACUUUAUUAGAAACGCCUACCUUGUGCUUCCACUCACUGGCCAUUUUAUUAGAAACACCUCCUUUAUAGCUCCACUGGGUAGGUGUGCAUUCACAGACUGUGGUCCAUCUGAUGCUGCACAGUUUAUCAGCCAUUCUACUCCAUUCAUCAUUGGUCAGUGUCUGACCACAGGGCAGCUGUUGACCACAUAUUAUUUGAAUGAAAGUUUCUAAUAGAUGCAAUUGAUGCAUCAGUUGGCUAAUAGUAUUGGCUGAUAGGGGUGCACAGACUAGUCGAUUUGUUGACCUCAAGUGUUAUUGCAGAGCAGCAAUCUUGACUUCGACUAGUCGCUGAUCACAUGAUUAUGACACUAACAACAUCGAUGCCUCAGAGACGACAGCAGGUGAGGAGUCUGGUGGUUCCGGGGUCCGUAUAUCUGAUUUCCUGCUAUCUCCGUCAAUCUACAGUGCUUCAAACCUCAGAUAUUGAACGUUGUUUCCCGAAGACUACAAUAAAAAGUCCUGUAUGGGUAGAGAGGCGGCAUAACGCCCUGUAAUCCUGUAAAGUUUAAAGUUAGUUACUCUUAUUUUUCUGGCUCUCCGGAUCUCCGAAUGCGGUUGAGCGUCUCAGCAAGGCUGCCUAGGGUGCGCCUAAGUCGGAUACAAAUUGCGAGAUUCCAAGGUCCGUGUCUCUGGUUCCCUGAAGGCUAGCGGUGCAAUCCAAGGCUCACUGGAAAGGGCGCAUCACACUCUACCUCUGGAGUUUGGCUUUGUCACAGAUUUUAAAACUCGCUUGUUGCAAAGCAUUCGCUUUAUUCAUGACAUCAUCAGUUAUUAGUCAAUGUCACUUUGUCUUUCAUCUCAAAACUGUCAACUUUAAAAAAUCUGAAGUCUUGCAGCCCCUGUUGGCCAAUAUUGAGGUUCCACCAUAGAUAUACAUACCUAGAUGCCGUGUUGUCUGCUGUUCUCUAUCUGAGGCAAUAUGUUUGCACGUCCGCCAUGUUGGAGCAGUCAAGACCCGCUUGUGAACAAAUUCACUUGUAUUGAGAGAUGAUAAGUCUCAAGAUUAAAUCGACCACAACUUCCUUAAUAAUCAAACGAUUUUCACCAAAUUUGUUUUGUUAUAAUCCUCAGACAUAGAUUAAUCUAGGUUGCAUGGACUGCUCUCUGUAGCUUUUAUUUUUUUAAUAGCUGAUCGUGCUAAUUAGCCGUAAGACCAGCAGAACAGUAUUCAGUCUGCGCCUGAUAUUAAAAACCGAGUUUAGCGCGAGAAACACAAUCAUACACAUCAGCAAAUCCAUCAGUGUGUGAAUGACUUCUAAUCUUAAUACAUUUAAAAAUAAAAUAAACUCCCAAAACACAGUAAGAAG